AUGGUAGCGCUGGAGCACCAACAAACCAGCACUGUGUCUGCCUCACAGGCAACCACCCAAGCCCUUGAGGAGAUUAAAAUGCAUUUAGAGUCUAUUAAACAGAGACAGAAUGAGUUGCAUGACCGUCAGGAAGCCCUUGAGGAGCGUCUGCAAUCAGAGCGACAUCAGUCUAUAGAGAGCGUUCGGACAUCAUCGCCACCUGUGCCUGUGGCUGAGAGCAUGUCCUCAGAAGAUAGCCUUAUAAACCUGGCUAAUAAAGCAGAUGACCGUCCCCACACAGAAUCAGUACAGCCAAUGGGAUUGGACGACCUAUUUUCAGUGCCCGAAGGUUUUAACGACUUUGGCCCAGGGUGCAUUAAUCCCACCACCAUCCCCGCGCCUCCUCUGGCCGAACUCAUUGACUUCUCUGAUGAAGAACAAGUUCCCGUGGGUAUAGCCCCCCAGGUGUGCCUCUUGGACUCUCUCCCCCCUGGCCACACCCCUGUCGAUCUCUAUGAGUGGACCAAGGAGUUUGACACAAUUGGGAUGGAACGUGGUAAUGAAGGCAAUCCAAGAGAGGCCACACCCACAUUUAGCACCAUGGGCGUUCAAACAGAGGCAGAGCCCAGAACAGAGGUCAAAGAUCAAGAGCCACAGAGGUCAAGGAUCAGUGUAUCCAGUGUAGGGAACCAGACACAGAGUAUCAUAAUGUCUGCUGCCACUGUCCAAACUGAUAAAGCAGGAUCUCCAUGGGUCCUUACUCCAUCUUCUACACAGACAGAUUUGACAGGAGCUUCGCAAAUCCUCAUUCCAUCUUCGACACAGACAGAUUUGACAGGCGCCUCACAGAUCCUCACUCCAUCUUCUACACAGACAGAUUUGACAGGAGCCACGCAGAUUCUCACUCCAUCUUCUACACAGACAGAUUUGACAGGCGCCUCGCAGAUCCUCACUCCAUCUUCUACACAGACAGAUUUGACAGGAGCCUCGCAGAUCCUCACUCCAUCUUCUACACAGACAGAUUUGACAGGCGCCUUGCUGUUGAAUGGGGAAACAUUUAAUGGAAGACGGGUAGCACUGGUGAAAGGAAAUGGUCCUUUGUCAUCAAAAAACAAAACAUCAUUAGAGAAACACAAAUCAGCUUUGGUGGACCUGGUGGAUGGCGACUGGCUGGGGGCCAUAUUGCAGGAGAGAGGCUACAUGAAACCUGGGGAUUUCAAAUCCAUAAUUGAUACUGAAGGAAACCAACAAAAGAUUGAGAAGACACUUGAUGUCUUGAACGACUUGGGUGAUGUUGGUUUUGAUGGACUGGUAAUGGCUUUGAUUGCUUUAAACCAGCAGGGGCUGGCAGCACUCCUAGCCAAAUGCAAAGAUCCCCCAAGCACCACCCUGAAGUUCAGGCUUGACUUUGCACCAAAGCAAGGUAAAUCAUUCAACCCUGCUUCUAUCCACAAACUUACCACAGCAGAACAACACAUGAACAGUCACUGGUCUAGCUCCUCUUGGCAGCAGGCCCUCACUAAUGCCAUCUCCAGGUGUGGGUACCCAGUCCUCAGCCUGAUUCAAAGUGUCAGAUCAGUAGAGGUUGCCAUCUACAGCACUCAAGCAGUGGAUUCGCUCCUUCAGGAAACUCGUAGCACAGGCUCCUCAAACUUGUCCCAGGCGAUUGGCCAAGUGGUUUUGACGGAAGAUGUCCAAGAAAAUGUUGGUGACCUUGACCUGGUGGUUAAGUGUUCGACCAAUAUGGAUACUCAGACAUCGUUGAAGAUGAGGACAUUGUUGACGCUGCAGAAAGAACCCAACAUUAACAGUGCUGGCAGAGAUGAUGCUAUUUCCCGAUCAAGAAGACAAGAUAACCCCCAAAGUGCGGUUCCCCCUGGACAUCCAGAGGUGCCAAAAAACACCACUUCAGCUAGAAACAUCCAAGAUGAAGUUCCAAGCUCUCCUUUUGUGGCCUUGUUUCCAAGAUGGCAGGAGAUGAAGAGCUCACGUAUUUGCCUCGGCAGCACCAAUAGCUACCUUGAGCGAGAGUUCAUGGCUCUUAAGCAGAAAGUAAAAAAACUGCAAGACACCACAAUCAAAGACCUUGAGGAGGAGAAUGAAAACCUUCAAGAUACCAUAGACCAGGAAAGGGAAGCCAAGAGUUCAGAUAUUGAGAAAGUUAAAACAGAGUUGGAGGAUCAACUAAAGACGAAGGACAGUGAAAUUAGUCAGCUGAAAGAAAAAUGUGAGGAAUUAAAACAAGCAAAGGAUAUGGAGUUAGAUCAGGUAUUACAAGACCUGAGAGAUAAGGAAGCAGAGCUUUCAAAACUCCAAAAGGAGUACCAGGAAUCUUCUGUUCAGGCAACUGCCACCAUCACGCAGUUACGCGCAAUGUGCCAGCAACGCCUCGUUUCCGUGAUGAGGAUGCCGGGGGGAACAACCCCACGGGGAGGGUUAAGAGGGGGCCUUGGAAGGGGCAAUAUUAUGUACACCAGGGGGCGUGGCACUGGGCGUGGAACAAUUACAUCCCCGCACCCGUCUCCCAAUAAUAUUGGCUCUGGAGACAGCAAUAACCAAUCAUCAGAUGGCGCUACUGUUUUGCUGGACACAAUGCAAAGAUCAGCACAGUACAACAAUAUAGUGGAAGAUUUUCAGACAUCUGCAGACAACAUGUACAACGACAGCCUGGAAAACGAUAUCGGCUAUGGAGAUGAUGUGUAUGAGACUUAUGGAGGGGCUACUAAUACUGCUUACUACACAACUACAGCAGGUGGGAAUACUGCUUACUACACAGCACCCCUGGGUCUGGCUACAGUACUGUGUCUGGACCUGUCUGGAAGUAUGGCGGGAGACCCCUUUAAUCAGGUGAAGGGGGCCAUUAGGAGCUUGCUGAAUAAUGCUGAUACUUUUGCCUAUAAGACUGGAUAUCAAGAAAGGAUAUCUAUUGUGGUGUUUGGGCGAGAGACAGCAGUGAAGGUUCCACUGACCAAUAACACGGAUCAACUGGAAAAAUGCCUUGAGUCUUUGACUCCCCGUGGCCUGUCACCCCUCGGCCAAGCCUUUGAGGCGGCCACCAAAGAGCUGAAAGACACAAAUGCCACUGUCAAUCUUUAUGGCUUUAAAAUUCCACCUCGCAUCCUCAUCUUUAGUGAUGGAAAUAUAAGUGCAGCACAGGCAGGAGACGGGGGACAAGAUGAUGAUGAGGAUGUCACAAAUCCCCAGGAUAUUCCGCUGUACCAGUUCAUGGAGUCCCUUCAAUCCUAUGCAUUGACCACAGACAAAAAUAAUUUGAAAGCCAAGAUCGUCUUUAUUGGUUGUGGCAACAAAAACAAGGACAUACUGACGUCAGCUGCUAAGACAGUCAAUGGUAACUACUUUGACAUUGACGAUGAGGAAGCCAUGGAUUCUAUUGGUCUCUACUACCGACGACUGGUGAAAAUAUGCAAUUUUGCAGCCUCUUACCACAACAUGACUGGGAAAUGUGACGCUAAGGCUGAUGAGGUGGUUUUCGGUUCUACUUUAAAGACCACUGACAGAAAGAAAAAUGAUGGUCUGGGAGAGCACCAGCUAGAAGAUAUGGAACUGAAAACUAUGUACAAGUUGUACUGCCAGCUUCACAAGGAAGGGCACCUGCUGUGUUCCCACAGUCGAGGCACCAAGGACACUUCGGAGGUGGAGGGUAGAUUGCCGCUCGGCACACGUGUGAGGCGAGGAGCAGACUAUUGCUAUGGAGAUGAGGAUGGAUAUGGAGUGGGAACUGUGAUAGGCUAUGACGAAAAGGGUUCAGUAGGAGUGAGCUGGGACAGUACAAACAUCAUCUUAAAAUAUCGCUAUGGCCACGGAGGUUGCUAUGAUGUCCUUGCUGUGGAUGAGCCGCGUAAACUGGCACCUGGCGACAUCAUUAAAAUUGGGGUCAGAGUUCAAAGAGGCCCAGACUGGAUGUACAAAGACAUUGACGGAGGACCAGGCAGCAAGGGCGUGGUCUAUAAUCUGGCAGAGAAUGGCGCCGUGAGGGUCCGCUGGGACAAUGGUAACCUACUGGACUGUAGGUUUGGAUUUGAAGGAUUCUUUGAUCUAGUGGUUUGCCCAGAAGCCAAAAGUGCCUAAAGCAGUCAGAUGCACUAGUGGACAGAUGUCAGUAACAGCCAAA